AUGCCUCCCAAGUCUCCCACUUCCAGGUUGGACUUCUCUCGUCGAGCCGAAGGCGGUCCUCAAAACAUCCCAUACAAGGAGAUCCGCCAAGGCAAUCUUCCCUACGAGGAGGUAGACUUCUCCCAGAACUACCUGUCCGCUAAUGAGCUGCCCGAAGUGAUGAAGAUUUGCAAGCGAUGCCCCAAGCUGCGUGUUCUCAAGUUGUACAAGAAUUGCAUCGACGACUAUGGAGCUCAAGACUUGGCAGAGCUAUGCCGGACCGCUCCACAUCUUGAGGAGAUUCACUUGUCUCACAACAUGUUCACGGCAGCUGGUGCCGGUAUUAUCAUUAAGUCGGCAGAAGAGUUCCGCCGACCAGACACUGUGCCAUUGUGGUUGCGAUUGGAGCACAACUAUGUGGAUGAUGCAGAGAAGGUCUUCCAGACCCUGCAGAGCCGCUACAGCGUUUGCAGAAGGACAGAUGCCAAGCUGUGCACUGCUCGCACGUGCCACAACAGGUGCAGGGUUCAUCUUCCUCAUUUUUGCCUUCAGCGUUUGUCCCAAGUGGAAGAGACCGCCAAACGGUCACCGACGCAUGCCAAUCAUCAGUCGUUGUCAGGGCAUGUCUUGCGCAAGUUCCGAGCAGACCUGGAGCGAGAGAACAAGGACAAGGUGAAGAUUGAUCCUCACUUGGACCAUCGGAUGGACUUGCGCACGUACCCCAUGGUAGACCCUCGCGUGGAGGCCUUUGACCGCGGCUGGGACCCUCAACUAGAUGAUCGACGAAUGUCAUGGACAAGGGGGGUCACCGACCGCGACUCGGAGGACUUUUCGGUUUUUGCCGCAGGGCCAAUCAUGGGCCCGAAGGAAAAGGAAGUUCACCCCGAGCAGCUCGUAGACCAAAACAGCUGCCAAGAGUUCGUGUGCAAACUAUGCGAGGGGGUGAUUCAUGAUCCAACUCUCACCAGGUGCUCUCACAGCUUUUGCAGUGAUUGCUUCCAGAAUUAUGUCACAAACAGGGUACGGGGCCACCAGACUGGUCCAAAGUCUGGGUGCUCCAUGCAGAGCAUGCCCUGCCCAGAGUGCGGUGAUGGACUGCGGAAGUGCGACAUCGUUCCCUUGCAUCAUGCUCGUCAUGCUGCUGCCCUUGUGCUCCAACGCUGUUGGAGCAAUGUUCGCAUCAGAUGCAUCCACCACCCACAACAUUUUCAGUAUGGCUUUGGUUCCUACGCACAGCAGCUGUCGCACAACACUGGUGUAGAGUGCUCCUGGCUUGGGAACUUGUGUGACUAUGUAGCUCACAUCAACAACUGUCCGGUGCAAAACUACGACGCUGGUGCCGACAAGAGGCCAACCAGCGGACACAUCACUCCCCAGGAAGAGUGCCCAGCAGAGUACGUGGCUCCCUUCACUGAGGACGAGAUAUGCAUUGUCCUGUAUGAUUACACACCCGACAACAACCCCAAGAAGAUUGCCGUUUCGGAGGGUGACCUUGUGAGGGUAUACAGGACCUCAUCCAACGGAUGGACAGGAGGUUCCAUCGUGGGGCCGGACAUGCAAGACAUUGGUGAGCCAGGGUGGUUCCCCACCAACAUUCUGGAUCACUAUGAUGAGCGCUACUGGCCCGAGCAAAAUGGCAGCUUCGCAUACAACGGGCAGUACGGAGAACACAUGGUGCACAGCGGCGAGUUCAAUGACGGCAACCAGGAGGCACAUGUUGAGAAUUAUGAGCAUGGCUUUGGAGAAAGUUCCGGUGAAAUGUACGAUGAGAACUACAUCCAGCAAAGCGACGCGCCGUACCCGGAGUCAUUCGAGGCAAGGUAUGAAACGCACUAUGCCGAGUCGUAUGUCCAGCCAGUGGAGAAGCACGGGGAGUCCUUCGAGCAGUAUGAAGAGGCUUUGGACACGCAGUACAGCGAUCCCGGCAAGCAGGAGUACGGCGAGUCUCCCGAAAAUUCUUACAAUCAGCCGUUCGAGAAGCAGUACGGCAACUCUUUUGAUCAAUCAUUUGAAAAGACGUUUGAGAAGCGCUACGGUGAGCCUGUUGAGCAGAAAGCAUAUGCUGAGCCCUUUGCACAAGCCGAUGAGAGAGCUUACCAGCAGCCCUUGGAGAAGCAGUUCUGUGAGACUCUUGAGAAGCCGUACAACCCAAGCUUUGACAAGCAGUAUGGGGAGUCGGUGGAAAAGUCCUACGGAGACUGGUACAUCCAGUGCUACGACCACCAACAGUAUGAUCAAUGGUAUGAUGAGAGCUAUGCGCAGUACGGAUACACGAUGUAG